UGCAUUAGUAUUACAUUACAUACUUGAGUUUCCCAUUCAUUCCUCCAGGUCAAAAGCUUUCCGUGAAGUGAAAGACCUCCAUUAGCUUCUUCUUUUCCUUUAACUUAAAAAGGGUCCCUUUCUAAAGAACGUUAAGUUAUUGCUUCAUGGAUGAUGGUCUUGGGAAGAUAAAGGUUAUCUCAAAUCACUUUAAAGCUUCAACGUCUAGAGCGGAUUCUCAUCCAAGCUUAACUUCAUCUGUUUCGCAACCACAAAUUGAUGAUUCUCCGAGAUCUAGUAGCUGGACUCGAAGAAAAUUAAGAAGUGCUGCUUACAUGUUGAAUUUGUUUACUUUACGAAGGAUGCCAUGGUCUUCUAGCAAUGAUGGUCAAGAAAAGGUUGUGCUGUCUGCUUUAGAAGUAGAAUCACUCAAAUCAGAACUUGCUGAAUUAGAAGAGAGGGAAGCUCACUUGAAAGCUCAGUUGGAAAAUGUUGAUCAGAUUUUGCGGUCUGCUCGUCUGUCUGGUUAUUUAGGUGGGCAGUACUACCAGGAGAACCUCCCCCUUUGGACGAUACCGAUGUUGAUGACUGGCUUCCUCGCUUUGUCGUCUUUCAAGGACCAUGCCUUUUCUUCUACUUAUUGUCAACAGAACUUUUAUGCAGAUCUGAGCCCUCAAGACUCCACCCUCCUGCAUGACAUUGUUGAAAUAGGUCCUCUGCCAAGCUUUUCACGAGAAGAUGAGGAGACACACUAUGCUUUUUAUAUCCUAACUCGCCUCGGACUGCGAUAUGAGUGUUCAAGUAGUUCUAAGAUUCAGGUGGACUCUUGGUUGUCUGCAUUACAAACUGACUGUAAAUUGGGAUCUGAUGCAACAGCGCCCAAUGGUUCGAUGUAAAAAUAAUUUAGGAAUUGGUAGCAGUAAGUUGUACAUAGAUAGAAAUUCAUUUUAUACCUCUAAUUAAUAUAAAAUUGGAUGUAAUGUCUCGUAAUGUACUCAUUAAUUUUCUGUACAUAAGAUACAGUCCAUUUGAAAAGUUAUUUUGAAUUUCUGACAACUUUCCAGAAGUUUUAACAUUGAAUCCAAUAGGCGUCUGGACUGACCUUUCUUACUACCAUGCAAUCAACUGUAAUGAUCUUAUGUAAUAAAUAUACAUUCAAAACUUUUCUGUAUAUGACACAAGGAAUGGGACUGGACUUGGUGAUUGGUGUCA